AUGUGCGAUUUCUUCAGCAAGCUUGAUUCGGCUAAAGUCUAUCCGCAUAUCCUAUUUGCGGAGGUGCGCCACCGCUGCACUUCGUGGUUACAAAACCAAACAUGGUCUCAUCAAAGGUUCUUUCACCGUGUCGACCAUUACACACUUGAUUGCAAAAUUUGCGUCCAGGGGAUCUGUAUUGGAUUUUCCUGGCAAAGGGAGAAGUCUCUCAGUGAUGAAAGAGGGCCCAUUGUAUGGAAUGCCAUCGAGCAACUUCAGUCCCCGAGCACCGUGGCAUCUUCGUCAAUAACUCAGGUAUCUCAGUUGACCGGCAUUGCCCGCGCCAGCGUGCAUCAUAUUAUGAGACGCCACCUUGGUGGAGUUAAGAGCAAGAACCGAAGAGGAGUGUGCACGAGUGACGCUUGA